AUUUUAUACUCUUUAUCUUAGGGACAGAGGGGCAAUUCUGUCCAAGAAAGUCAGUUUCAUUCAAUUUUAAUCUAAUUUGCUGGGAAAUUUGGACGCCAAAAAUUGACGCCCUUGUCAUUUUUACAUUUCAAAAUCCGCCAUGAAAGUACCUCCUUCAAAUUUCUCUGCAGAACCCUAACAAAAGCCCACCCACAACCACAACCGCAACCUUCCAUGCUCAACCUCCACAACCACACUGUCUUCCCACUCAAACCCAUUUCAUUUCUCUUGAAAAAAUGGGCUCUCUCAUCCCAAUUCUAGACCUCAAUAACCUCCCAGAAUCAACCGCAGGCUCAACCCCAACCAACACCACCACCAUCGCCAUGAAAGUCCCGAAAAUCGAACCCAAGCUCGAACCUUUCGACGAGCCACUCGAUACCCAACUGCCCCAAGAACCCUUCGUUCCCACUCCUACCCCCAACUCUUUCGCUAAUUCCCAAUUGACCCCUUUCUCCGACCCCAACCACACCCCUCUAUCUGAAUCCUCCACCGUACCCUCAGACCAAGACAAUGUGUACUCGGAGUUCCAUCGGAUUUCCGAGCUUUUCCGAACAGCUUUUGCAAAAGGGCUCCAGCGUUUCGGUGACGUCGACGUUUUGGACCCGGAUUCGCGAGCAAUUGUCCCAGUUUCUCAAGAACAACAGCUCCAAGAGGUUGUCGUUGCGCGAAGAAAAUACCCCCAGCGGUCCUCUGAGCUUGUCCGGGUCACCGAUCUCAACGUUGAGGACCAGCGCUACUUCCGAGACGUAGUGCGAAAAACCCGAAUGCUAUACGAUUCGAUUCGCAUUCUGUCAGUGGCGGAAGAGGAGAAGAGGGCCCCGGGGCUCGGGAGACGAGCCCGAGGCGAUUUGCGAGCCGCUUCGGUGCUCAGGGAUCGUGGGUUGUGGCUCAAUCGCGACAAAAGGAUUGUUGGUUCGAUUCCUGGGGUCUAUGUUGGCGAUAUCUUCUUUUUUCGGAUGGAGUUGUGUGUGGUUGGAUUACAUGGUCAAGUCCAAGCUGGGAUUGACUAUCUUCCGGCGAGCCAGAGCUCGAACCAUGAGCCAAUUGCAACCAGCAUUAUCGUUUCCGGUGGCUAUGAAGAUGAUGAGGAUGCGGGUGAUGUGAUUAUCUACACUGGUCAUGGAGGGCAGGACAAGUUUAAUAGGCAAUGUGCUCAUCAGAAGCUGGAAGGUGGGAAUUUGGCAUUGGAGAGAAGCAUGCAUUAUGGGAUUGAAGUGAGAGUUAUCAGAGGGAUCAAAUGUCAAGGCAGUGUUUCAAGUAAGCUUUAUGUCUAUGAUGGCUUGUAUAGAAUUUUUGAUUGUUGGUUUGAUGUGGGCAAGUCUGGCUUUGGUGUUUAUAAGUAUAAGAUUUUGAGAAUGGAAGGGCAAGGGGAGAUGGGUAGCGCUGUCCUUAAGUUUGCCGAGAGUCUUAGGACUAGGCCCUUGUCUGUGAGGCAGUCGGGUUAUCUUAGUUUGGAUAUUUCUAAUAAGAAGGAGAAUGUUCCAGUUUUCCUUUUCAAUGACAUCGAUUCUGACCAGGAUCCCUUGUACUAUGAUUAUCUUGUGACAACUGUGUUUCCAACGCAAGUAUUUCAUCAGUCCGGGCAGGGGACUGGGUGCGAUUGUGUUGACAGUUGUUCUGGUAAUUGCUUUUGUGCUAUGAAAAAUGGAGGCGAGUUUGCUUAUGAUCAGAAUGGGUUUCUAUUAAGAGGCAAGCCUGUGGUUUUUGAAUGUGGGACCUUCUGCCGUUGCCCCCCCCACUGUCAGAAUCGUGUCACACAAAAAGGGUUGAGAAAUAGACUGGAAGUGUUUAGAUCAAGGGAAACAGGUUGGGGAGUUAGGUCCUUGGACUUGAUACAUGCUGGUGCCUUUAUAUGUGAGUACACAGGUGUUAUUCUCACUAGAGAAAUGGCUCAGAUUUUUGCAAUGAAUGGUGAUAGCUUGGUUUAUCCACAUCGGUUUUCUGAUAGAUGGACAGAGUGGGGAGAUUUAUCUCAGAUAUAUCCUGAUUAUGUACGUCCAUCUUAUCCUUCAAUCCCACCAUUGGAUUUUGCAAUGGAUGUAUCGAAAAUGAGAAAUGUUGCUUGUUACAUGAGCCACAGUUCCACUCCAAAUGUGCUGGUGCAAUUUGUACUGUAUGAUCACAAUAAUCUAAUGUUUCCUCAUAUUAUGCUAUUCGCAAUGGAGAACAUCCCUCCCCUGAGAGAGCUGAGCCUUGACUAUGGGGUGGCUGAUGAAUGGACGGGGAAACUUGCUAUCUGUAACUAAAUAAUUUUGAUGGCGUGAUGCUUUUUGGAUCAUGCAGACGGUUACCGGAAUAUGAGUACUGAGAUGGCAUUCGGACUACAUAGCUCUGUAGUUUUCUUAGAUGGCUUCUGAAUUCUGUGGUCCAUGAAUUUUUCCUCAAAAGUAGAUGCUGAAAAUGUAAAUUUUGCUAUCAGAUUAUCCAAAAGCAUUGACUUGGCUCAUGUACAUGUCAAAUUGAAGUCACGAGGUGUAGAAAAAAAAAAAAAGAAAUGGGAAAAUGAACUGGAAUUGAGAACUCGCUGACCGAGCCACAAAUGCUGCUGUGAUGAUUUGCUCUGACAUUUUAGGCAUUUUUCUGUUUCCUGGACUAAGUCUUCAUACAUGCAAUUCCACUGCAAGUUGCAGUCUGCAACUGAUGGUAGUUGCCAUUAGGUUUGUUAAGCUUGUAAGCACAACUGUAGUAAUCUUCUGUACUUGUAGCUUUGUAUAUAUAAUGAUCCAAAUGGCUAAAGUUUGUACAGGAAUUGUAUAAUUAGUGCUUCCACAUAUGUUUGAAUAGAGUCCAUUUGUUUGGUGCCUUGGAUAAUUCAUUUGUAGUGGAUGAUGA